GGCCACUGCUGAAGGGCGGCUCACUCCCCGGCAGGACACGGCGCUGGCGACACUGGUCCUCGCGGCAAAUCUUCUCGACUGCCAGCAUGGGGGAUUCGGAGUUUUCCUAUGAGGUUGGGACGGACCCCGUGACUCCGGAUAUGCAAGAAGCCUACAAGAAAAACGGCUAUGUUAUCAUAAGAAACGUACUCAACGAAACCGAAAUGAAAAAACUGCGGAGGACAAUGGAAUGCGAAGGAAUACAGAAACACGCCUACACCACAGCCGACGGGGAAGACAGGCAGUCUGGGCUGGUUAUCUGGUUCACCGUCGACAACGACGUGCCCAGCGUGGUGGCUAGUUGCGAGAAGGUUGCAGGAGUCAUGGAGAAGCUGAUGGGGAACGAAGAGGUGUAUCACUUCAGCAGUAAGCUCAUCAUGAAGCACCCGGGCUCACGCGGCGCCUUCACCUGGCAUCAAGACUAUGGGUACUUCUACACCUGGGGCUACAUUUACCCAGACAGUGCCUCGGUAUUCAUCGCUUUGGACGAAUGCACGAAGGAGACAGGGUGCUUGCAGAUCAUUAAGGGCUCUCACCACAUGGGGAGGAUCAACCACUUCGUCACUGGAAAAAUGCUCCAGGCAGAUCCGGAAAUUGUGGCAGAGGCCAAGAAACGUUUGGAAGUCGUAGACGUCGAAAUGAAACCUGGCGACGCCAUAUACUUCAGCGGAAACCUCCUCCACUGCUCUCUUCCCAACGUUUCCAAUAAGCCGCGCUGGUCCUACGUCAUCGCUUACAACCAGCGUCACAAUCAGACUUACAUGAAACCAGGCCACCCCUUGUACACGCCGCACCCGGGCUACAUUCCUCUCAAGAAGGUUCCCGACUCGCGCAUCCUGUCGUGCGCGGAGAACUUCGACAUGAGCAAGAAGUGGUUCCUGAAGGGCGAGGAAGACCUGAGCAGAGACAGCGACGCCGUCAGGGCUGUCGAGAAGGAACAAUAGCUUUUUAUUUUUUUUAAGGGAAUGGGCGGUAAAAGAGAGAACUUGAUAGAACUUGGUAGAUGGUUAGAUAGAGGGCCAAAGAGUGAGAGGAUAGAAAUGCAAUAACGGAUGGGGAAUGGAGGAGUAGGGGAUAGCAUGCAGAAUGGGAUAGAUAGAUAGAUAGAUCAGUGGAUAAAGCAUAAUGGAGGAGACAGUAUUC